UCAUGCAUUCUUGGCAGCAAAGCCAAAAACACAAAGCCCGGACCGGACGGGAAGGGAGGCCCAACCAUCCAUCUGUCCAGCCGCACCUCCCAGCAGCAGCCAUAUAAGCUACUCCCUACUAGCUACGAGGGGAUACGAGAGGCGAGGAGAGACGCCGCCGGACUGCCGUGCCCAGCGCCCGUGACCAUCCCAUCCCAUCCGGUCGGUCGUACAUGAAGGACCGCCGUGGCAGCUCCUCCGUCGGCGGCGGCGAGCGCUUCGCCGUCUUCCCCUUCUCCAUGGGCUGCAUGUCGCAGUCCGCCGUGUCCGUCGCCGACCCCGGCGACAAGAAGGCGCAGGGGGACCCGUCCUCCACUGCCGCCGCCACGGUGGCUCGGGGAGCAGGUUCAUCGGAAGAAGGCGCCGGCGAGGCCAUGACGAAGGAGAAGGCCGUGGCGUCGUCGGCGGCGGCGGCGACGGCUACGGCGCCGGGUCUCGUGGCGGCCGGGGUGUCGAGGCUGAUGAAGGGGAUCCGGAGCCUGUCGCAGAUGUUCGCGGGGGAGGACGGCGGCGAAGAUGAGGACGACGAGGAGGAGGAGCGGGAGAUGGUGAUCGGGUACCCCACGGACGUGCAGCACGUGGGGCACAUCGGCUGGGACGGCCACAACAGCAAGGCGGGCGCCGCCGCCGCGGCCAUGGCUGGCAUGGUGAACGCCUUCUCCCUGCCCUCCUCCCUCUCCCUCCGCCACCUCGACAUGGCCAUGGACCGCGCCGUCGCGCACGCCUCCGCCUGAACCCGGCCUGAUGACCGCGCGCAGCUCCGACGGCCGGUAUCGUACGUAGCUACUAGAUUCCGCGGUUCCGCCAUUUGAUUGCUUCACACGUUCGUACGCGGAGAAGGAAGGAUAUGAUCGAUUCCCAUGCCUCCAGUUUGCUGCUGCUUGUUAAUGCCGCCGGCCGGUCCCUGUUCUUGCCAGUCCAGUGCCAUACGUGCGUGAAAGUCUCUCGCUUUCUGUGUCAUAUCAUAUCCGGUGUGAGCUACUAUAGCGUAGAGCAUGAGACGACAAGCGUAUUUGUGUACAUACGUGCAUGCCAACUUGUAUAGUUUGUGAGGCUUCGCCAUCACACACCCCACGGUGCCUGCUGGAGCUCAUGUCAGUAUGUGUGUGUGUGUGCCUGCCACUGCCAGUGACCUAUAUAACUCUGCGUGUGAUUUGUAAUUAACUCCCACGUUUCAAUUUUUGCAAAAAAAAAAAUGAUCAUCUUAUUACUGGC